AUGGAUCCAAAUGAAGAUGUCAAGUCCAAGGUAGUCGGUAGAGCAUGUAAGAAUCUGCAGCUCAGAGUGAACGGUGAGGACGGGAGAUGUAAAGCUGGACAUGGAAAUAGUGGAGGGCACUCAAGGGAAAGGAUAAAUAGAGAAAAGAUGAAUCAUUGGACUAAAACCAGAGGCGCUCCAAAAUUUAAAGGCCAGGGAGAGAAAGAGGUGGCUGACAAAGGAACAGACAAGGCAAGCCAGUGGGUAAUAUACAGCUCCUCAGAUGCAGAAGAGAAGAAAGUUGGGAGUAGUAUUCAACUAAAGUUGAGGUUUUUCCAGGUAAGUAUGAUGGAAAACGAAAGAAAAAAAGAAGAAAGCAGAAAGUGCUUGAGAAGGUAUAAAUAUGAUAAUGGUGCUUCAAAUCUAAAGGAAAGGAGAGAUGUAAAGAUCAAAAUGUUGGCAAGACUCGUUCUGGGACUUGUCAUCUUCAAUGCUGCUGGGACUGCUCCAACUCUGGAACCCAUCAACUAUGACUCAGAAACAUACGAUGCCACUUUGGAGGACCUGGAUAAUUUAUACAACUAUGAAAACAUACCUAUUGGUCAAGCUGAGAUUGAAAUAGCCACAGUGAUGCCUUCUGGGAACAGAGAGCUCCUUACCCCACCCCCACCGCCAGAGGAAGCUGAAGAAGAGGAGGAGGAGGAGUCCACCCCCAGACUGAUCGAUGGCUCUUCUCCACAGGAGCCUGAAUUCACCGGGGUUCUGGGCCCACACACCAACGAAGACUUUCCAACCUGCCUUCUGUGUACGUGUAUAAGUACCACUGUAUACUGUGAUGACCAUGAACUUGAUGCUAUUCCUGCACUACCCAAGAACACUGCUUAUUUCUAUUCCCGCUUCAACAGAAUUAAAAAGAUCCACAAAAAUGAUUUUGCAAGCCUAAAUGAUUUAAGAAGGAUCGAUCUGACAUCAAAUCUAAUAUCUGAGAUUGAUGAGGAUGCAUUCAGAAAGCUGCCUCACCUCCGGGAGCUUGUCCUGCGUGACAAUAAAAUAAGGCAGCUUCCCGAACUGCCAAAUACUUUGACAUUUAUCGAUAUCAGCAACAAUAGGCUGGGAAAGAAAGGAAUAAAGCAAGAAGCAUUUAAAGAUAUGUAUGAUCUCCAUCACCUCUACCUCACGGAUAACAAUUUGGACCACAUCCCUCUGCCACUCCCAGAAAAUCUACGGGCCCUUCACCUUCAGAAUAACAACAUUUUGGAGAUGCAUGAAGAUACUUUCUGCAAUGUUAAAAAUUUGACUUAUAUUCGUAAGGCGCUAGAGGACAUUCGAUUGGAUGGAAACCCUAUCAAUCUCAGCAAAACUCCUCAAGCGUACAUGUGCCUACCUCGUUUGCCUAUUGGAAGUCUUGUCUAA